UUCCUCCUUCAGCAACCUCUUCCCCACUACUUUCACUUUUUUUUGGCUGUCAAAAAAACCAAUUAAAUUUUACUUUAAUUGAAUAAAUUAUAUAUAUACCCUUUUUUUUCUUAUCCCAGCUCUGCACCCUCAGAUCUGAAGGCAUCGCAUCAAGUUCUCUGGGUUUUGGAAUUUGAUGCUCGGUGGUGGUGGUUGAGGGAUUCGAUUUUGUGUUUUGGAAUAGUUGAAAAAAAUGGAUGCUUCAUCGAGUCAACCGGAGUUUGAUUACUUGUUCAAGUUGUUGUUGAUUGGGGACUCUGGAGUUGGGAAGAGUAGUCUUCUUUUGAGUUUCACUUCCGAUACCUUUGAAGAUCUCUCUCCUACCAUUGGGGUUGAUUUUAAAGUAAAAUAUGUUACCACUGGGGGGAAAAAGUUGAAGCUUGCGAUUUGGGACACAGCUGGACAGGAAAGAUUCAGAACACUAACUAGUUCAUAUUAUAGAGGAGCUCAAGGAAUAAUAAUGGUUUAUGAUGUAACCCGACGAGAUACAUUUACGGAUCUAUCUGAUGUGUGGGCUAAAGAAAUUGAUCUGUAUUCAACAAAUCAAGAUUGCAUCAAGAUGCUUGUUGGCAACAAGGUUGAUAAGGAAAAUGAAAGGGUUGUCACCAAAAAAGAAGGAAUUGACUUUGCUAGGGAGUAUGGAUGCCUUUACAUUGAAUGUAGUGCAAAAACUCGGGUCAAUGUGGAGCAAUGCUUUGAGGAACUUGUUAUGAAGAUUUUGGAAACACCAAGUCUCUUGGCUGAAGGCUCAUCGUUGAGCGUUAAAAGGAACAUUUUCAAACAAAAACCUCCGGUGUCUGAUGCCUCGACUAGUGGGUGUUGCUGAAAGUGACGGGUUCAAACAAAAACUUCUGUAGUCUUGACGCCUCACCUAGUGGGUGUUGCUGAAGGUGACAGGUUCUCCCUCCUUUUCAGCAACUUCCUUGCGUUGGAUGCAUUCUUUAGUUCUCUUGUUAUGUUUGAUCCAUAAAAACCUCAUAUGUAAACCAGUUUGUGGGGAAAAGUUGUAUAUUUGGUCUCAAAUGUUAAGCUUUAUUUUCAUA